AUAGUUCCUGCACCGCUGGAGAUAUCACACAUACAGUAAGCACACAGGCAGUACAGUGUGUGGAGCAGAUCAGAGUGCUGCUGGGAAGAGCGACUCCAAUCACUACCGCUGUUCCUGGCUGAAUUUCCCUGGCUGACGUCAGCUGACUGCCUCGGCUCUCCGCUCCUCCGGACACAGCGCCGUGUAAAAAUGCUGCUCUCUGUGCCGCCAAGGACAGGAUUCAACCCGUACAACGGCUACACCGGCAAAAACAUCAAGAAGCAGACGUAUGUGUCCCCUUCCAACCAUCAGAUGGCUCCCCCAAGCCCCAACAACAACAACAACAGCAACACCACCACCUCCACCUCCAUCAGCAAUGGCAGCAGCAGCAGCAGCAGUGCGGGAGAGCAGCUGAGCAAAACAAACCUGUACAUCCGCGGCCUCCACCCAGGGACCACAGACCAGGAUCUUGUCAAGCUCUGUCAGCCAUAUGGGAAAAUUGUGUCUACCAAGGCCAUCCUGGAUAAGACCACCAACAAGUGCAAAGGCUAUGGCUUUGUUGACUUUGACAGUCCGGCCUCAGCUCAGAAGGCGGUGACAGCGCUGAAGGCGGGUGGAGUGCAGGCUCAGAUGGCCAAGCAACAGGAGCAGGACCCCACCAACUUAUACAUCUCCAAUCUGCCGAUGUCCAUGGACGAGCAGGAGCUGGAGAACAUGCUGAAGCCCUUCAGCCAGGCCAUCUCCACUCGCAUCCUCCGUGACAGCAACGGAACCAGCCGAGGAGUGGGCUUUGCCAGGAUGGAGUCAACAGAGAAAUGUGAAGCCAUCAUCCAACAUUUCAAUGGAAAAUAUAUCAAGACUCCACCUGGAGUUCCAGUGCCGCCAGAGCCCCUGUUGUGUAAAUUUGCUGAUGGCGGCCAGAAGAAGCGUCAAAGCCAAGGCAAAUAUCUGCAGAACGGCCGGCCCUGGACGAGAGAUGGCGAGACUGGAGGAAUGACUCUUACCUAUGACCCGACCACAGCCUUACAGAACGGGUUCUACUCCUCUCCCUACAGCAUCGCCCCAAACCGGAUGAUGGGGCCGACCUCCCUCUCUCCGUACAUGCAUUCACCUGUGUCCACCUACCAGGUACACAACCCAUCCUGGCUACACCAUCAGUCAUACAUCAUGCCGCCCACAGGAGCAGUCCUGACACCAGGAAUGGACCACACCAUGUCCAUCCAGCCGACCUCCAUGAUGGGGCCCCUGACGCAGCAGCUCAGCCACCUCUCUAUGGGCAGCAGUGGCACAUAUAUGCCUGCAAACACAUCUAUGCAGGGGACCUACAUCCCCCAGUACACCCAAGUGCCUGCCACCAACAUCUCAGUUGAGCUGCCUCCCUCUCAGGAAAGUGCCGUCCAACCACCUGUUGCCAUUGAGACGCCCACAGAACACACAACCUACACCUACCAGCAUAACAAGUGAAGAGGCGGCACAGAUCCUCCUCUGGAGCCGCAGUGACUCUCAAGGGGCCCCAAGUGCUGAAACUCAGCACAGUGACUCUGCACGUAAGGCACCAGACACUCGGGAGGAACAUGGACUGUUACACAGAAAGGACAAAAACAAAUCAAAAAAACAAACAAAAAAAGAUAUUUUCUACAAACUCAUAUUUUAAAACAAACUCUUUUACUCCAAACAAGCACGGCUGGAGGAUGGCAGGCAAUGUGAGACGGAGGAGGAGAACAAGGAGCAUCUAUUUUGAUAACAGUCACACACAAACACACACUACAAAUGUUUGAAAAGGGUUUUUUUCAUAUUCUUUUCUACUACAACUCCGGGGAGCUAGAAUGAAACCAGGAAAAGAACAUUUCAACACCAUGUUUUAUUUUGAGUCAUGUUUUGUUUUGACCUUUUUUUUGUAAGAUAUGCUGAUCUUACUUUUUUCGUCUGAUACUUUCAGGCUUUGAACCUGCCUUUUUGUACAUAAUUCUUUGUUUUGGUGUGUUUCUAGCUUCAUGUGUCCUAGUUUGAUUGAUUGGUGCAAAUAUUUGAAUACAGAAGACUCGAAAGGCUAAAAAAAGAAACAAAAGUCAUCCAAAAAGCUGAUAACUCAUAUUUUAGACAGAUAUGAUGCUGACUUGCAUUAGCGUCUCUUGAAGUGGCAGCAAGGUUAUCAGGUAAAAAACCUUUUCAACAGAAGCCCUGAGAGGCAAGUGAGAAAAACAAUUACAGUGAUCUAUAUUCUAAGUCUGAUCUAAAUUGUUUUCCCUCUGGUUUGUUUUUGAGUUCCCUUUAUCAUCUGGGAAAGAGGUGGAAAAGUUUUGCCAGGUGAAAAAAAAAUAAUUCUGCAGGAUUAUUUCUCUAGAUUAUCUGUUAAAACUGGAUUACAAGACAUUAGCCUGCAAAUUGUCAACCCUAACCCUAACACUAAAAAUUCUAAUACCUCACUGAAGAAUUACUCCACUAUGAGUAAAAGUCCUGAAUUCAAAAUUCACUUCAGUAAAAGUACAAAAGUAUCAGUAUCAAAAUGUACUUAAAGUAUCAAAAGUGAAAGUACUCAUUAUGCAGAAUGACCCCACUCAGACUGUUAUAUAUAUUCCAAAUAUAUGAUUGGAUUAUUAUUAUUGAUGCAUUUAUUCAAGCAGUGUUUAAAACUUCUCAAGGCAUGUCUUAUUUAAACUACUCAAUAUACAGUUAUGAGGUUUAAUUAAAAAAAAAUGUCUCAUCACUUUAAAUGUAUCAUGUUGUUCAUGUUUAAUCUCAAAAUGAAAAGUAACUAAAGCUGUCAGUUUAAUGUAGUGGAGUAAAACGUACAAUAUUUACCUCAAAAUGUAGUGAAGUAGAAGUCUAAAGUUACAUAAAAUGGAAAUACUCAAGUAAAGUACAAGUACCUCAAAAUUAUACUUAAGUACAGUACUUGAGUAAAUGUACUUAGUUACUCACCACCACUGCUCAGCAUAUGAUGGUGUUAGGCAUCACAGCAGUCCAUACACAGAUCUAUGCGUAACAAACACAUAAGAAAAGAGAUAAUAUACAGGAUCUGCCAUGAUGUUUUUAAGCACUGAAUCACUUGAGAUCACAGACGUUUUCCUUAUCCGAACUGAAUGUCAUAAACACAGGAGAGAAAACUAUUAGAUCAGAUAUAGCGUGGAUCACCAGAAAUGUUUUGUUUGUUUUUCUCACUUGCUCUCAGGGCUUCUGUACUUACCCGAGGCAGCAUCACUUCCUUUUGGCACUUGACUCUCAAAUAAUGUAUAGUUUCCAACAAUCUCAUAAAAGCUUCAGACAAUCAGAAGAUUACAAAGAAGAGAAAAUUAAGAGACGAUUUCACAGAGAUGAGCUAAAUAGAUUUAAACCAUUCCAGAGAUGAAUAUUAUCAGAUAAACUAUUAGUUCACGUUGAGCUGCUCCACUUGAUGAAAUCCAAAGUUUCUCAACAGGGAUCACAUCUCUCACAGAGCUGCCUGUAAAUAAGAGAUUUAAAUGUAUUUAGGUUUUCUUUUGAUUUCCUUUUAUCGGUGUAGUAAUGCUUCAGUUAUUUUAAUAACAAUAUUAUACCAAAUUGUCCGAACAUGGCAGUUCACGUAUUGCUGUGUUGUUGUUGUUUUUUGUCCCUUUUAUAAAAGGGAAAUAUCUGCAUCCCAAAAAUACAUUUUCUGAAGCAAGAAUUAGAUGUUGUUAUUAGAGUAUGAAGUUGUUAUGACAAAGACAUGGAGAUCAACUGAUAAAGUGCAGCUCUGUCCUGUUAUAUCUUCAGAAAACACUAUCAAGGUUUAUUAUGGAUUAUUAUGGCCAGUACAGAGAUGCUUUAAUACUGGCCAUUGUUGUGUGUUUGCAUCUAUUUCUGCAUUUCUGUUUUUCACCCUCAUGUGUUUUUUUCUUAUUUAAAGGUUUUCUUAAUUUUUUUAUUCAGUUUUUAAACUUUUAAGAUCCUAUUUUUCAAAGAAGUUUUGUUUUUAUUUUUGAUAGUGUAUUGUGUGCUUCAAAUAGUGAUAAAUAGAGGUUUUUUUGUUUUUUUAAAUAUGGAUUUGUUUGUAUGUUGCAUACUUCUCUUGUUCUAGUUACAGUGUUGAUGUCAAAGAGGCUUUAAUGUUUAUUUUGUAACAGACACUUCAGCUCAGUCUGUGUCACAAAGUCCUGAUCAUGGGUGAAUUAUGUCUGCUCGGUUCAGAUGCAUUGUUACAGAGUUGCGCCCCAAGCAGUUGGGAACAGAGUAAAAGAAAUAUAUGUUCAAAAACUUGACUUACCUCAUCCUGCCAGAGAAAUGUAGAUUCAGUUUGUGUGCAAGGUUCACAGGCAAUAACCAACAGGUCUCAUGGCUGUUCACAGCUGGUACUGUGUCCACAUCCUUUAACUCUUCCGUCCAAUGUUUGGAAAACACGCCCAAGGUCUGACGAUCUAUGCAAUUAAUUUAUUAUCCUUAUAAAUGCAAUACUACAGAUAUCCAACAGACACCUCACAUUAUGACAAUGGAUCACCUCACAAUAUGACUUCACAUCCUGGUUCACAAAGCUUUUCAUUCAUAUAUAAGUUUCUUUUCUGACUGACACACUCAUUAUCGGUGCAUUAAUUGUUAGUGAAACUGCUGCAUAAAAAGGGAACUAUUUCAUACCAAAAUGUAGUUGUUAAUAUGACUGUAAAAAAUGUAGGAAGUCUAAAUAAAAUAUAUAGCAGGUGUGCUUUCUGUGAAUGAAAGUGGGUGCUGCCCCCUUGUCUACCCUACUUUUAUUUCACGGUUCCAUCCAGCUUCUGGUUAUAUUUGAUGUGUCCUGUUUGCUUUCUUGUUUAGUAAUUGAUGCAGUUGUCCUUCUUUUAAACCAUGAGACAGUUCAUUUCCAAGAGAGAAUUAAACUUCACAGAAAUGCCUUAGAUUUCACUUGAAAGGAUGGUGAAGUGCUACUCAGAUUUGAUGGGCUUGUUGUUUUUUCAUGCACUGCUAAUGUCGAAAAGAUUUUUGUUGUAUCAAACUACUCUGAACAUAGAUCUAUGAAGCAAAGAAAUAUUUACAUCUUUAAAUUACUAUUUUGUGUUCCAUUGUCAUUCCAUGAUUUCUAUCCAAAAUGUUGAAGAAAAACUGAACGGUGGCUUAUUGAGUCUAAAGAAAUAUUGCUGCUAACGUUGGAUUGAGUAUUUAGAAAUCUUUUAGUUGUCAUCGAGUGUAUCGAGUCACAUUUGGGGUCAGUUUGUAACUCAUGUUCAGAGAUGUCUGUGCAGUUUGUUUUGUGCAUCAAACCUCUCCUCAGUAAAUGUUUGUCCGUCUGUGCCAUGAUGCAGGUCUUUGUCUUCUUCAUAGAAAAAAAAAUCCUACAGCUAUUAAACUUUUAACUUGGUUUGAUUUGGAACUUGUCAUUUUUUUAAUAAAAAGUUUUUCACUGUG